CACCGGCGGCGCAUGACGAUGCAAGAGAUACUGAACAUCUCCUGGCAAAAGGUCUACCCGUAUCUCGUUAAAAUGAGGAAGAUCAUCUUUCAACUUACACACUCUUUCAUGUUUGACGUCUUCAUCUGUAGCGUGGUGGCCUUAAAUACAACCGUGCUGGUGGUCCAGACAUUUGCGGUGGUCGAGAUUCGGGGAGAGUGGUUCUUCUCUGCUUUGGAUCCCAUUUUCCUUUGUGUCUACGUACUGGAGGCCAUUCUGAAAUUUAUUGCAACAGACUUCGACUAUUUCCGUGACCGCUGGAACAACAUUGAUUUCUUCAUCAUGAUCAUGACGGUGUUGGAUUUUGUCCUCUCGCUGCUCAUCUCCAGCGGGCAGGGACCCCGAGGCAACUCGAUCCCGCUCUUUCGGAUCCUCAAGAUCAUCAAGGGGGUUCGCGCCAUCCGGGCCAUCCGUUUCCUCCUCACCCUCCGGGUGACGGAGCAUCUGCAAGAAAUCACAGGCACAUUUGCACUUUCUUUCCAGUCCAUUGGAGCAAUCAUUCUUCUCAUGUUCUCUUUCUUAUUCAUGUCUUCUGUGGUGCUGCGGGACAUGUUCAAUGAAGUGGAUCCGAAACAUUUUGGGGAUCUCUUCAGAACCAUCUUCACCCUUUUUCAGCUUUUCACGUUGGACGACUGGUCGCUUAUCUAUCUUACCUGCUACAAUGCAGGAGCCUGGUAUAUUAUUAUUUUUCUAAUCAUCUAUAUCCUUGUGGAAUAUUUUUUGCUUCUCAACCUGGUGAUUGCAGUCCUGGUGGAUAAUUUUCAGAUGUCCCUCCUCAAACGCCAGGAGAAGAAGAAACUGAAGCAAAAAAUGAUCCAGCUAAAGGAGAGCACUGCAGAAGAUGUUGCCAGCAAGCAAGCAGGUGAUGGUCAAAUUGGGGUGGGCAGGGGCGGCCUGUCACAAAUUUGAACGAAGGAUAUGGCUUAGUCAGGACUGGGGCCCGGCCCAUGGGCAGAUGAAGGCCAGUUUGGUGUAGCAGUGAAAAUGCUGAACUAGAAACCAGGAGACGGUGAAUUCUGGGCAGCCCUUAGGCAAGGAAGCCAGCUGGGUGACUUGGGGCCAGGGCUUCCUCCCCACCUG